AUGUCCGUCGCUGACGUACAGCCAACUGCAGAUCCUGAUGAUGCCUGGAGUGCAACCUGGGGUGCCCUUUAUUCUACAGCUCCAACGACGACUGUAGUUGGACAGCAGCGGCAGCAAUUCGCACCUAGGAAGUCCGCACCGCCGACAACGACGCCUAUGGUCUCAGCACAGGUCCUCGUCCCUCAUGGAGCUGUCUCCGCUGGCCCAAAUGUCGGUAUUGGUCCUGCCAAUGUCCGAACGGGCCCACUCGUAACGCCAGCAAGUACACCAUCGCCGACGCUGCGAUCCCAGGCGCCGCAAUGGGGCUUACACCAGCCUGGGGGUCCUGUAGGUUCUCAGCCUCCUCUGUCCCAAGCCCCAGCUAUCAGGCAGCCGUAUGCUGUUCGGGACCCCUGGCUGGCCCAUGCCCAUGUAAACAGGAUUGCUUAUCAGCCCGCACCAUCUUCCUCGACCACUGCUGCUGCUGCUUCUGCUGCGUCAGCAUUAGCGACUCUUCCUCCAGCUGCAACAGCACCGUCACCCUCAGUCACUACUUUCUCUACGUUGCCGCCAGCUGCCGCGCCGAACAACCAGACCGACCCUGCUGGCUCUGCUGGUCAGAAACGGGCAAGGACAAACGAAGAUCCUACUGAAGACGAAGGUCAAUCGGAUGUCGCGAGGAGACCUCGGUCGUUUUUCCCUGAUGGACGACCCAAUCAUCCAGAUAACAGCUUUAACAGUCGCGGAUAG